AUGAGUGAACCAAAGCCAAAAACAAAGAAGGAAUUCUCAUGGGAUCAAUACCAUGAAAGACAGAUUGCCCUUCGUAUUGCAUAUAUCGGCUGGAACUUAAAAGGUUUUGUUUUACAAAAUGAUACAAAUGAGACAGUCGAAUAUCACAUUUUUGAAGCUUUAAAGAGAGCCAAAUUAAUCAGAAACGAAAAUGAAUGUAACUAUUCUUUAUGUGGAAGGACAGAUGCUGGUGUUUCUGGAGUUGGAAACGUUAUUUCCGUCAGAGUCCGUUCAGUCUGUCCAACUGGCCUUGGAUCAAUACCACGUGAAGGAGCAAAGGUUCAAAAAGAAGAAAUGAAUUACGCACAGAUUCUUAAUGGAAUUCUUCCUCCAUCAAUUCGCGUAACAGGAGUUGCUUACGUUAAGCCAGACUUCAAUGCAAGAUUUGAUUGUGCAACACGUGGUUAUCGUUACUUCUUCCAUAAGUUUGAUAAGAAUAUUGAUUUGAUGAAAGAAGCAGCCGAACAUUUAUUAGGCGAACACGAUUACAGAGCAUUCUGCAAGUUCUCUCCAGACUCUACAAAGCAUUGCGUUCGUAAAAUUUACAAAUGUGAAUUUGGAGACGCAGGAGGCGGUGUUUGGUACUUCGAAAUUGUCGGAUCCGGAUUUAUUUGGCACCAAAUUAGAUGUAUUGCAUCCAUUUUGUUUGCUGUUGGCAACGGAUUUGAAAAACCAUCAAUUACAAAGGAACUUCUUAAUACAGCAAAGUAUCCAGGCCGUCCAAACUAUCCUAUUGCUGAUCCAGAGCCUCUCGUCUUCUGGAAUGCUGGAUAUGAAAACAUCGAUUGGAAGAUUGACGAAGCUGUUGAAAAGAAAAUGAAGACAAAUUUCGCGUUGCAAUUAAUUGAUGCUGAAAUGAGAGCUGCUGUUCUUCGUUGCUUCAUUGAUGGUGAUUUACAACCUCCUGCUGCAAAGAAGUGGUGUCCUGUAGAAAACCUCGAUCAAUGCAAGUCUGUUGAAGCUAUCCUUGCCGAAUAUGAACGUGAAAAAGGCCACAAACCUGUUGAUGCAGGUGAUGAAUAA